AAUCAGACUUAAACUUAUCAGUCUAAUUCCCUUUCCUUGACCAACCGAUCUGCGAGUUUCUCGACGCUUAUCGUUGAAGAUUACAUCGCAAAUUCGCUUUUAUCUUUCGUCGAAGCUCGAUGAGAUAGUCACGAACGGCAAUCAUGUCGCAAGCAUCCGAACCAGCGCCGGUGCAUUGCUACACCAAUCCCUCGUUUUGCCGUCAAUCGGAAUACAUCCCGGACGAUCAUCAUGUCAACGACCUGCCGCCACCUCCGCCGCAGCAGUUUCAAGGAGGCGAUGAUUUACCGCCGCCUCCGCCGCCGUUGCAAUUGCAAUUGCACGCCACGGGUCAGAGCAAUCCGGCUUUCCAGGCACCGCCGGAGACGACGCUGGACAACGUUUGCGGAUCGCGGGACCGCUAUUGUUAUCUGGAGGAUAACGGAGCCCCCUCCGCGCACAGGAGAUACGCCAGUCUUCCGGUGGAUGAGCCUCGCGUGACUUACACCCAGUCUUCGCGAUACGAAUACACGCAAGAGCAGAACGAGAGAGACCGGUUACCGCGCCGGGCCUCGUCGAGGUACGAGUUCAUUCCACAGCAGCAGGUGCAACAACGUUCCGCACCGGCGACCAACCAAGACGAUCGAGGAGGGUUGCAGACGCGGACGUGCCGUGGCAAUGCCGGUAGAUACGCGGUUAUACCGGGUGACCAGGACUACCAGGAUUAUCAAGACGGACCGCAAUGGAGCAACGCCAAAUCGGCACCGCGGCACAUCAACACUCCGCAGGGCCGUUACACUAGAGUGCCCAUGCAAGAAGAGAUUCCGCCGGCACUUCCCGAGAGAAACAUGCAAGAACUCUCGAUGUCGCCAAAAAACAACUUAGCUACGCAGAAACUGCAUGAAAUAUUAUCGACGCCCAGGAAACCGACAAUAAUUAUAUGCCUCUUAGAAUUGUUGUCCUUUUGA